AGCUUUGGUUCGUCAGUCGCGCUCCAACCACGUACGAGCGAGUACGUGUCAUUACCGACGGUUAAUUUCCUCCAUCAAGACGUCGUCGGCACCGGCACAGUUGAUACCACAAUACGGCAUGUGCACCUGACCCCAGUCGCGAUACCGGCUCCAACAAGAUCCCCGUGACAAACACAAGUGAGUCAGAAAUAGUGUGAAAGUUUUUUCGUGAUUCCGAACCCUAUAGCUGUCGAGCGAUAGUUACCCAAAACAUCUGCAGAAUCAAAAUGAUACCCCGGCGAAAACACAAUGCUUCCUCAGGAUCGCUCCCACCACCAGAUGACAAGCACGCCAGCAAUGAUUAUAUACUGUCAGACAGUAACAAGGAUGGCUGGCGUGCUAUCAUCAAACGAAGGCUCAACCGCAAGACACUGCACAAGAGGAUCCCUAUUACGUCUUGGUUACCAAAGUACAACACAGAAAAGGCCAUCGGUGAUCUUAUAGCUGGUAUUACUGUCGGUUUGACCGUCAUCCCUCAAUCGUUAGCCUAUUCAAAUAUUGCGGGUUUACCGCCGCAGUAUGGAUUAUACGGUUCCUUUCUCGGUUGCUUCAUUUACAUAAUCCUCGGAGGAUGCAGGGCAGUACCAGCUGGACCUACGGCUAUCGCAUCUCUACUGACCUGGCAAGUUGCUGGUGGAGUGAUAGAAAAGGCGAUAUUACUUAAUUUCCUAACUGGCCUCAUUGAGUUGCUGAUGGGAGUACUCGGUUUAGGGUUCCUAAUUAACUUCGUAUCAGGUCCUGUAUCUUCAGGAUUUACGUCGGCAGUAGCACUUAUGAUAGCGACAUCACAAGUCAAAGAUCUCUUUGCGAUAACUGUGACUGGAACGACAUUCUUGCAACAAUGGAUUUCGGUAUUCAAGAAUAUACACAAUGCAUCACUGUGGGAUCCUAUUCUUGGAUUUAGCUGUAUCGCCCUCCUACUUUCAAUGAGGAAAAUUGGAAUGAUAAAACUUGGUGAGAAGUCUGCAGAUGGACCGAGCACUAGACACAAAGCGUUGACAAAAUGUAUGUGGCUUUUGGGAACUUGUCGGAAUGCGAUUGUUGUUAUUCUCACUGGAGUACUCGGCUACUGGUUUGUAACCACGAAGGGUUCAUCUCCAGUUCGCUUAAUGGCAUUCUUUAACUCCAAUUUCACAGGCGCGAUUCCCUCUGGAGUACCAGUGCCAACCGUCCCACCAUUUACCUACGUUCGAGCUGACAAUACCACUGCAGACUUCGUAGAUAUGGUCUCAGAACUUGGAUCGGGUCUUCUUGUGAUACCCUUAAUAGUUUUACUGGAAGAUAUAGCGAUCUGCAAGGCUUUUUCUGGAGGGAAAACAAUUGAUGCCACUCAGGAAAUGAUCGCGUUGGGUCUGAUGAAUCUUGGCAAUUCCUUUAUGCAAGCGUACCCGGGUGGAGGAUCGCUGGCUCGGUCUGUGGUGUCCAAUGGCUCGGGAGUUAAGACCACGUUCAACGGGUUGUAUACUGGUCUGAUGGUGAUACUUGCUCUACAGUUCUUUACACAGUACUUUGAAUUUAUCCCGAAGGCUGCACUGGCUGCAGUCAUCAUCUCUGCUAUCCUGUUCAUGGUGGAAUAUGACGUAAUCAAACCCAUGUGGAGAGCCAAGAAGCUGGACUUGAUACCUGGACUGACAACCUUCGUGCUGUGCCUGGCUUUACCAAUUGAGAUGGGAAUCCUCACUGGUGUCGUGGUUAACAUCGUAUUUAUUCUGUAUCACGCAGCUAGACCGAAGUUUUCUGUUGAGAUGCUUAAAACGGAGCAAGGAUUAGAGUAUCUGAUGAUAACACCGGACCGCUGUCUCAUGUUCCCUUCAGUUGAUUAUGUCCGACGUCUUGUAACCAAAUGCGCGACCAGCAAUUCUGUUCCUGUUGUCAUAGAAUGUACACACAUCUACAGCGCCGACUACACGGCAGCAAAGAGCAUAGAGCAGCUGACCGCGGACUUUCACGCGAGACAGCAACCAUUAUACUUCUACAACGUAAAACCUUCAGUCUGCUCAAUCUUUGAAGCCGUCGCGAAGCCAGAACAUUUUGUUGUCUUCUAUGAAGACGACGAAUUAGACAGGCUUUUUGCAGCUGAUAAUAGAAUCGCGCCCCAAAAACCGCCACCUCUAAGCGCUUAGUUGUGAUAUAACAGACUAUAUUUUUGGAAGGAAAUUAACGGUGUAGUGUGAUAUUUUGGAUGGUAUACUGUUUUGUAAAUAGUUUUCAUCUAAUGUUUAUCGGUGUGUAGACGUCGAUGUAAAAUAACCUUGUGGCUAAAGAACUUGACAGUUGAAGAUUUAAUAAGCUGCAAUUUUAUAUAUUUUCUUAAACGUUGAGGGUAUUUUUGGACCACUUUAUGAUAAAUUGGCGUCACAAAGAAAUAUUUUGUAAUGAACGCGCAAAUAUACAUAACUGCAAAACAAAAGGUAUCGCGUCAUUAUUCUUUAGUCACAAGAACUAUAGAUGCUCUAUUUUAGUAAUAUAAUGAUAAUGGAAGGUUUAAGGCUGUGCAGCUGUGAUUGGGCGAGCUCGAUCACAUCCAUCAGUAUUAUAAAUCAAUAUGGAUUAACAAAUAUGACGAAGGGACUUAGAUUAAGCUUAACAAGAUAUCUUAAUGUACAUGAAGUUGCUUGAACUCUAAAAGUAGUACCUAUUUUAGCUACCAAUAUAUCUAAUGAUUACGUCCGCCUUUACUCUGUAAUCGUUUGCUCAUGGGUGUUUCAAUUUUUUAUUAUUAUUGUAGAUCAGAAAAUGAAACAUUGUUUUUAAGUUAUUAAGGGUGACGAUCACCGAAUCAUUUUUAAACAACGUUGGACUCGCAUUUAAUAAACGACA